CCCAGAAGGUAUAAUCCCUUCUCUUUUGGACUCCUGGCUUCACGGCACACGCCUAAUCUUUGCCUGGCUAAUUUUACAGGAGGAAGAGAUUUAGUUUACAGAUCACCGGCUGUCAUUACAUGCAGAAUGCACAACAUCAGCACAGCCUCUCGUUCCCUCUCUAUCUCGCCCUUCAAAUACCCUCCUCUCCCUCCAGUCCUCUCAAGCGAAAACAUUUUACAGCACCACUGACCAAACCAUGAGAACGGGGCUCUCCCUAGCGAUCCUUCUCCUCGCUGCUGCCGCGUCGGCCGACGACCUUGGCUAUGGCGGUGGUGGCGCCGAGAAGAAAGCUGAAGUAGUUGCCGAGAAGAAAGCCAAAGUGGCCGACGCCUAUGCCGUGGAGAAGAAACCUGAAGCGGUUGCUGAGAAGAAAGCCGAAAUUGUCGCCGAGAAGAAAGCUGAAGCAGCCGACGCCUAUGCCGAUGGGGUGAAGAAACCUGAAGCUGUUGGCGAGAAGAAAGCCGAAGUCGUCGCCGAGAAGAAAGCCGAAGUCAAAGCUGAGAAGAAAGCCGAAGUCAAAGCUGAUGCCUACGCUGAGAAGAAAGCUGAGAAGAAAGCCGAGAAGAAAGCCGAAGUCAAAGCCGAAAAGAAAGCCGAUGCCUACACCGAGAAGAAAGCUGAAGUGAAAGCCGAGAAGAAAGCCGAAGUGAAAGCCGAAAAGAAAGCUGAAGUUAAAGCCGAUGCCUACGCGGAGAAGAAAGCUGAAGUGAAAGCCGAAGUCAAAGCCGAGAAGAAAGCGGAAGUAAAAGCCGAGAAGAAAGCCAAAGGCAAAAGUGAUGCCUAUGCCGAGAAGAAAGCUGAGAAGAAAGCCGAAGUAAAAGCCGAGAAGAAGGUCAAAGGUAAAGUAGAAGCCGCUAAGCCCGAGGCAGGCAAGGCCGAGAAGAAGGCCAAGCAUGAGAAGCGUGAGAAGGCAAAGAAAGCCGAGUCCAAGGCACCCGACGCCUAUGCCGCGCCUAAAGCUGAGCCGAAGAAGGAAGAGCCAAAGGCACCCGUGGCCAUCACACCCGACGCCUAUGCCGCUCCAACCAAGGAAGAGCCCAAAACACCUGCCAGCACACCUGAAGUGCCAAAGAAGGAAGAGCCUGCAGCCACCACCCCUGUGACACCAAACAAGGAAGAGCCCAAGGCACCGGCACCCGCGGCCGGCACCCCUGACGCCUACGCCGCCCCGAAGGCGAAGGCGCCCGCACCAGCUGCCGGCACACCCGACGCCUAUGCCGCGCCGAAGAAGGAAGAGGCAACUGCACCCGCGCCAGCAGCACCAAAGGAAGAGGCAAAGGCGCUCGCCGGCACACCCGACGCUUACGCUGCCCCAAAGAAGGAAGAGGCACCGGCGCCGGCAGCCGGCACCCCCGAUGCACUGAAGAAGGAAGUGGCGUCGGCUCCUGCGCUUGCGGCCGGCACACCCGAUGCCUAUGCCGCGCCAAAGAAGGAAGAAACACCGGCGCCAGCAGCAGCCGCCACAGCUCCAGCGGCCGGCACACCUGACGCCUACACCGUGCCAAAGAAGGAAGAGUCUAAGGAGACCACACCAGCACCUGAGUCAGCCGUCACGGAGAAGAAGGCCGAGCCCGAGACACCGGCGGCUGCCACAACCGACGCCUAUGCCGCUCCAAAGACCGCCGAGCCAGCGACGCCCGCCGCCCCCAUGACAACCGACGCCUACGCCGCGCCAAAGACAACCAAGCCGGAGACCCUAGCUGCCCCCGCCACAACCGACGCCUAUGCCGUGCCUGGGGCAGGAGCCGACGCCUGGCACAAGAAGCUGAAUCCUUUCUCCGCGAGGAACUGAGGCCGCACCACAUUUGAACAGGAUGGCUCAGUCUAUUUCUGAGCAUCUCCGACCUAAAUAACUCUACAGCUCAGCCCAAGCAUACACAGCCCACAAUUGUUGCUUACCCCAUGAUGAUUAUCCACACACCCUACAUCAUCACUCACGCAAUUUUGUAUUACUAUUUUGUAACGAAACUGUACUCACGGUGCAUGUAUGUUUCUUGGGCAAUGACACCCGAUAUCUGUAUUCACAUGGAUUACGGAUAUAUAUACAUAUAUGUUUAAGAAAUCCUGGUUC